AACAAUGUGGGAGAACGUGCGCUGACAUUUCAGCGGCGGGGAUGCCAACCACACGCCUUGUUUUGCUCUCCGCUGCUCUCAUCCUUGUCUUUUCAGUGGGAGAGUAAUGACAGCUUUGCGCGAAGGCAAAGUUUGAGGGUAUUUUUUUGGGUCUCCCACUCACCUGCCCGCCUGCUCGCGUGCACCUCACUCCGUUAAACUGAUAUCACGGAAGAUACUAAGAACUAUUGACGGGCAAGUUUGAAGAGACCUGAUUAUUGUUCUGGUUUAUUUGAAGUGGGAUUUUGCAGAGCCAUUGAAGGUAUCUGAUGUGCGCAACGCUGAAGGAUAUGGCUUAAAGAAUGGUUGCGUUUCUGACAGCUGGAGGAAGGUCCGUCCCUUGAGUGUUUUUAUCAGAUAUUGUCGACUUUGGUGGAAACCCAUCUAAAUGGGAGGAUACCUGCAGGACUGAGUCGGAUUCGGCAGUCGAGAAAAUGUGGGUAAAACGGAGUGUUGCUCGCAGUCCGUCUGCCACGAGGCCAGGCAGCUGUGUGGGGCAUCGGGUGUGGAUUCUGCUGGCCAUGACCCACCUCACCCUGGACUUCUCUGUGUGCAGCCCCCUCAGUCAAGGUCUGGGGAUCAAACUCACCCCUAAAUCAGUGCCUCGCUCACGACCUCGCUGGCAGCUUCUCUGGGACAUGCCCAACAAGCUUCACUGGAGAACAGUAAGUCCAUUGGCCCGCCGGCUCCUGAACCCUGUUCCUCCACCCCAAGACAAUAGGGCAGGGAUAGGGCCCAAAGUCAAGGGUCAAAUGCAUUGGAAGCCAGCAUAUAAAGGACGAGCAGUGUGUAAGGAUUGCCAGUUGAGAUACUCUCCAAAAGAGACAAGUAAUCCUUUGGCUGUAAAAGGGGAUACUCCAGGAGCUUUAUCCAGUGGGAGUACAGGAGACACCGUGAGGUUGUUACUCAGAGCCAAGAGGCAGCUCAAAUUGGAAUAUGACAAGUCUCAGGAGGGCCGGACUACCACAGUGGCUGGAUAUAUCGACUGGGGACCCACAGGGACAGAUAGCAUAGAUGACGAUAGCAAAUUGGAAUUCAAUGUAACGCUGUCCACCAGGGUCUCGUCUACCACAGUGGCCGCAACCACUAGCACUACAACCAGGCUCUCCCAAAGGACGUUCACUGUGGUGACCACACCAGAGACCAAGAGGAUAAGCACCACCAAGGCCACUGUCAGUGUUGGGGAGACUGCCAAACCACCAAAGCCAUAUGGGGACACACCAGGCUUGGCAGUUCACCAGAUAAUCACAAUCACUGUGUCUCUCAUUAUGGUUAUCGCAGCCUUGAUCACAACACUCGUCCUUAAAAACUGCUGUGCGCAGUCAGGAAAUGGCCGCCACAAUAGCCAUCAGCGCAAGAUCCACCAGCAGGAAGAAAGUUGCCAAAAUUUGACAGACUUCACCCCAGCCCGGGUUCCCAGCAAAGUGGACAUAUUCACUGCCUACAAUGAAAGCCUACAGUGCUCACAUGAGUGCGUUCGGACUGCUGUGCCGAUUUACACUGAUGAGAUGAUCCAGCAGACGCCUGUGUACAAAACUGCUUACAAUGGAAACAGGCCUUCCCCCACUGAAAGACAGCUGAUUCCUGUGGCCUUUGUGUCAGAAAAAUGGUUUGAGAUUUCAUGUUGACAAGCUGAAGGCCCUGAUCACUUCCUGUGGGUGGAAGAGACUUCCUCUGUUCACACUCUGGAUCCAGUUGGAAACAAGAAACACACAAAGCGUCUUUUGUAAAAUAGUGUGAUCACUCUUUGGACACUGGUUAAGAUGUUUAUUUUUCUAGCUAUGAUGAGCGGAGCAGCCACAUCGCUGCCAAUCCAUAUUUCCAGGAGCGUGCAGUCAUUUAGUUUUAGAUUAUAUCUAGGUAUAUUUACAGGAGGUGGGGGACAAGACUGUGGACUUCAAGUACAUCUCAAGAAAAAAAAACACUUGACAUAUGAAAAAAGGAAUCCACGGAGCUGCUGUGGGUAGAAGAUGAACUGUAUUUCUGAACAAUGUGCCAAUAAUGCCACUAUGUGCCACAACAUGGAUAGCAGGAAGAUUCAACAACAACUUAUGGACUUAAUGAGUGCUAUAUUAUCCCUGUAUCAACUUCAACUACAUUUUUUAAGAAAUGUGAAAGAUUAAAAAAAUGUGACAAAUGUAUUUGAAUAUGUUUUGAAAUAGUUUUAAGAAAUGUGUUAUAAAAGACUGUAAAAGAUAUUUAUAUGAAGCACUAUUCUAUUAGUAGGGGAAGAUGGAAAAAAGAAACGGUAUAUGCUUUAUUGAAAUGUUGAUUUUAAAAACCUGUUUCUAGUGGUCCCAUUUUAAAAGAGAAUAGUUAUAUCUAUUUUUUUACACAAAAAAAGAGUCUGCCACAGACCUUACAGUAGAGGUCUAAAGCACCAAGGAUCAUGCGCUGUUAAAGCUAGGGUAGGCAAUUUAUACAAGAAGCAUUUUCUUAGUGUCUUUGCAUCCUCAAUGAAUCAAAACCCACAUUAUCUUUGGUUGUUGAAGGCUUGUAGUAAGCCUGUUCAGUCAUUUCAUUCAGCCUGCAUGAAAUGAUUUACCUGCCACUCUACUUGUCUACCUGUGCACUCUGCCUGUAUGCUCACCGGGCAUGACCAGAGUCUUCCACAACUAAAGCUCACCAGCUAGUCACACAAGAAAGCAGAAAGUGAUAGUUUAUAUCUUAGCGUGAUCCCCACUGCAUGUCCAGGCAGUGUUACACAAAAGCUCUUGCUUUUCAUUUCAGCAUGCAUGCUCACAGGUGUAGCAGCCACAUCGCUUGCAGGGGUGCAAAGCCCGUGCAGCACAGUACAAAGAGAGAAUAGGUGGCUCACCCAUUUGGCAGUGCAUGAGUCUCCUCAAAAAUAAGAUUGAAUGACUGGUUAAGGAUCCUGUGGAAAGUGUUGUUUAAAAAACACAAAGUUAAAUGUUCCAAUGUCUUAUUAUCCAUUUGCGCAAAACCCAACAUGAUAAAUUUCACAAUGAUUUAAGACGGUUUAUUUAUGACAAUAAAUAUUGACAAACUUAAUAUUAAGAAACAGUUCUGGAGGCAGAAGCAUAGCAGCACUGGAAGUGACUUGAGGUGCUGCUCUGACAUGCAGUGUAUUCCUAGAAUUACAGCGUGACCUAGCAGUUUGCAACAUGAGGGAGCAUCGAUGUAAAAAUUAGCUUGAUUAUACUGAUUCCUAAUACAAUGUCCUAACAGCCCACGAGCGAAGCAGCAUGAUACAAAUUGUGCCCCAUCGUCUCUCUGUCCCUCAUGUCUACAUGGACAAAGACAAGGGAUUAGGGAGGGACAAAAAUGAAACCAAUUUUUGAGUGCCAUACAGGAAUAUUUUCUUAAUUUUUUCCACUUCUCACAGUGCUUGUUAGCUGGGGGUUGUUGUGCAUUAACAAUCCCCAUAUCCAAGAUUCACAUGAUUAGCACUGACUUUUCAAGUCAGGUCAGCUCUACUUGUACAGCAUGUUUACAGCAGCCUGCUUUGUCCAGUGUGUUUUACAGAGUAAUAUUGAAAGUACUGGUAAAAUCAAUGAAAAUAGAACAUCAUACAUAAUUGUAAAAGUAAUAGGCGACACUAUUUAGCUUACCAUCAUCAGAAGCUGUCAAAAUGAAAGCGCUGGAUGCCAAAUAAGGGAAAUUACAAUUCCCAGGGCAGAAAAGCAAAUAUAUUAGCCAUAGCAAUGUGGACAUAUCUGUGCAUUGUGGAGCCAUAUCUCAUGCUCACGUGCUGUUAAGACAUGGUGCGAGGUUAACCAGAACGCUCUGUUUUCGACUCAAUACCUACUUAUCAUGCAAUCCAACAUUUGUUUAAAGUUGAAGACUGUUGCAUAUUUCUGUUGAUUCUUACUCUUCAUAGCUUCUUCCAAUUUGCCUACCCAAGCUUUAAUUGAGACUCAAAUCCAAGCUGAGAUUAUCACCAAGACAAGUAACUGAAAGCAAAUGGUGCAACGUCAAUCCACUGGCACCCCAGUUACUUAUUAUUUAAAAUGUAUUUGCACCUGAUUCACUUACUGAAGAAAGAAAACAAAAGGUUGCUGUGUUGCAGAACUACUGCGGCAACACUUCCCAUUGCAGCAAAUUCAUGCUCAGACCAAGGGCAGACUGCAUGGAGCUGGACAGGACAUUUAUAUUGCCUCAGGUUUGUCCAGCUCUAGCAUUUUUAGACAAGUGAUGGGUUCUGAUUCAGAUCAGAGGUUAAAAUUCAAAGGGGUAGAACAGAUUCAAUAUGAGCUUCAAAUUAAAAAAACAACAUAAAUUGAAUUGCUAGAGCUACAAAAAUAACGAUAAUUAGUUCCACUUGAUUUAAAUGAAUUAAUUUUGAAACUUUGUGUCUAAAAGAUGGUCAGUGAUAAAGAACAUGUACCGAUUCUUUGAAUGUGGAUUCUGAAAUUGUUCUCAGUUUUAAAGACAUGAAUGAGGGAGAAGGUAUUGCAAAUGAGGUUCCCACAUCAUCAAAAUGUAUUUUUAAUGCAGAGAAUGAAAUUUGUCUGCGUAGUGUUUGAGCCAGGUUUACUCAGUACUUGAGGACAACAUUUCUAGCAUAUCAGACUUUCAGCUAUCACAGCCAGGAAGUUGGUGGAUGUGCACAAAUUUGAAUGUGUUCGUUUGUGCUGAAGGAUGGAGAGCAGAAAUAAAUUACAGACUUAGAAGAAUUAGUUCAAUUUUGUUCUUAUAAAAACCUAAAACAUUUGUCAGUGUGUUCCUGAAGUAAGGGGAUUAUGAAAAACCAAUAAGCUGCUGCCAAAUUGGUUCUAACAAUCUCUUAAGGUAGGAAAAUGGUCAGGGAGAACACUAAAGCUCAUCAAAGAGCCUUCUAGCACCAAUACUUUCACUAUCAACCUCAAGCUCUUGAUGCCAGAUUACCUUUGUCCUAAGCUUUGAGGAAGCCACCCAUGAAUCUACCUUUUAUUGUGCUGUGGAUUUUUACAAAGCACAAUUCAAACUCUGUAAUUGUAAACGUCUUGGGCUGCAGACAGCAAUAUGUAAAGACUGAAUAGGUGUGUUUUAUUGGGUCUCAGCGGUAGAUCUCCAAUAUCUGGCUGACAGGAGUCACUUCCAUUAAUGGACAAAGAAAACAGGUUGUGCUGGUACGAUUGUUAUGUGUAAAUGUGAGCCAUUUAGGAGGUGCAGAGACAGCGUGGGUAAAACACUGUGGUGCAAAAUCUGAUUUUGCCCGUUCAUAACAGGAAAACCAUUGUCAUGAAUGACCCAUACCAAUUCAGCCUCUCAGUGUGUGUCAGGCUGUGGAGUUGCUUCUUUACAUAUAUAUUUUUUUGAAUGAAGAGUGUUAUCUUACUAGAGGGUUAUGAAAAGUUACUGUAUAUUAUACACAUGUAAAUGUAUUUUCUAUAUAUUUGCUUCUAUUUGUGUACAGGUGUGUUUUUCAAGACCUCUCCUUUUUUGGGAAGGUCUGGCUAGGUUGGGGAUAGUGUCUUUGUUUACAUGUGUACAACAGUAUUUCUUUUAAAACACAAAACUAACCUUGUGCCAAGCUUCCUACCUGCACUUUCAAGCAGUACUUGUAUUAUAUAUUAAGGUAACAAGUAUAAUACUCAGUAGACGCUGCAGUAGCUCAGAGACUACGGUGAUUAUCAGUUGGAAUGUGUGAAAGUCACUGAGUGGUUUAAGGAGAUACUGGGAUCACAUCUUGGGUUCUGCUGUUUCAUGGUUGGCAUGGAAAUAAAUGUCUGUUUUUAAACACCAUUUCAACGUGAAUUCUAAUUUAGAUCGGUACAUAAAGGAAGGCCACAAGAAGUUAGGUGAUGUAUUCUGCUGUCAGAGGCAUCUUAACAAGCUUAAAUUGUAAUGGUUUUGUUUGAUGAUUAAGGGAAAUUGGCCACCUUUAUUCAGUUUGGCCUUGCAAGAGCUUUUUGAGUGUUGAAAAAACUCACAUUCAAGAGCAAAAAGGUUGCCAACCACAUUUGUUUAUCCCUUUUUCAAAUCUUUUGAGCAAACUUAGGGA